CUUCGUCUUUUUUUUUGUUUGUUUUGCUUUUUUUUUUUUUUUAAAUUUUAUUUUUCCUCCCCUCACUCACCGGUUUUCCCCAUGGAGUUCAAGCUGGAGGCUCAUCGCAUCGUCAGCAUCUCACUAGGCAAGAUCUACAGCGCGCGGGGCCAACGCGGCGGCCUGAAGCUGCAUAAGAACCUCCUGGUGUCGCUGGUGCUGCGCAGCGCCCGACAGGUCUACCUGAGCGAGCCGGGCUGCCCGCCCGAGCCGCCCCCCGCGGCCCCCGGCCACCCCGAGGAGGAGCCGCCGCCGCCGCCCCGCACCGCCGCCUGGGCGGUCGAGGAGCCGCCGCCGCCGCCCCCGCAGGACGAGGCGGGGAGGGACUGCCAGGGCCCCCGGCCGCGGCGCUGUUGCUGCGGCGAAAACCGCGGGGUUUGCGCCGGGGCCCCCCCGCCGCCACACUGCCCCCGCAAGCGGAGCGCCGGCGAGCGCGGCCAGGCGGGCUCCCCGGUGAAGAAGCCCCGCCGCGAGGAAGAGGAGCCGCCGCCGCUGCCGCCACCACCGCCGCCCUCGCCGCCAGGCGAGCAGGAGGACAUGGAUACGGGCAACGUGGCCAGCCUCAUCAGCAUCUUCGGCUCCAGCUUCUCGGGACUGCUCAGCAAAGAGCCCAAGGGCCGGCGGCGGCCGCCUCUGGACGGCGGCGAGGCGGCGGCGGGCACGGCGCCCGCCGAGGCGGCGGCCGAGCCGGGACAGAUCUGCUGCGACGAGCCGGUGCUGCGGACCCUCAACCCCUGGAGCACGGCCAUCGUGGCUUUCUGAUGCCCCGGCCGCAGAGACUGGCUCCCCGCCGCGGGCUGGGGGGCCCGGAGGUGACACCCACCGAGCGCCGCGGGGCUCCGGCGCCGGCCGGACCCGGCGCCCCGCGCCGCCGCACGGGAGGGACCGCGGGGCAGCAGCGGCGGCGCUUCCCCGUUCCCCGUCGGGUCCCGGCUGCCAGCACCCGCCCUGGGAGCGCCCCCGGCCCUGCCCUCCCGGAAUUCCCCUUCCCGGCAGAGCCGCCGCCCUCCCCGGCGCCCGGGGGAGGCUCCUCGGCUGCCGCCGACCCCAGGGGCGCCCCCGGCGGGUGAUAUUUUAAGCUUGGAAAGUAUUAAGUUUAUUAAAUAAAGUUUCUAUUUUGGAAAGGUUUAGGUCAGAACUAUUACAUGGUGCUUUUUAAAAGUGUUUAUUGAGAGGAACGAAGUUUACAGACGCUCUGACGGAAAGUCCUUGAGCCUGUUUGUUAGGCUUGGUGACUCCCGGUCUUUGUUGUAUAAAGGCUUGGGGCUCCCGUAGGGAAUUUUGUACAGUGUUCUCUUUCAGUGAUGUAUCAUGUUUUGUAUAAAAUGUAAUUCUACGUGUACAACACGUAUUAAAUAUUUUCAACUGUA